AUGGAGUGUUCCAGUCCAAAACGCAAGCGGCCAGCAAAGAGGAAAAGAAGUGACUGCCAUUUUGACGAACAGGCUAAAAAGUACAGAAACAUGACCGAUCUUCAAAACCGAGAUUUGACCGUUAAGGAGACAUGGGAGGAGGACAGCGGUUUCUCUGAGUGCAGCCCUCCGACGAGCGGCCGGAGCUCGCCGUGCCCGACUUCUUCCGCCUCUGCCGCCCUAGUGGUGGCCCUGGACUGUGAGAUGGUGGGCACCGGACCGGGCGGGAGCUGCAGCGAGUUGGCCCGCUGCAGCAUUCUGGAUUACCACGGCAAUGUCAUUUACGACCGUUACGUGCAACCGUGUAACCCCGUUACAGACUACAGAACUCGUUGGAGCGGCAUCCGGCCACAUCAUUUGCUCAACGCGACGACGUAUGCGCAGGCUAGAAACGAUAUUCUUGCAAUUCUCAAAGGCAAGGUGGUAGUGGGACACUCGAUUUCCAAUGAUUUCCGUGCUCUGCGCAUCCCCCAUCCACGUCACAUGGUUCGAGACACGGGGGCGACACACCUCCUGCGUCGCUUAGCCGGAUUUCCGCCCCAGCGUCGCGUUUCGUUAAAGACGCUAGUGGGCAAGCUCCUCAACAGGCACAUCCAGGUGGGGAAAAUGGGCCACUGCUCUGUGGAGGACGCGUUGGCUGCGUUGGACCUUUACAAGCUGGUCGAAGGCGAGUGGGAGUGGCAGCUGCAGAGCCCGCUGAUGGACGACAACUACACGGCACAGUACAUGCAAGACGAGUACUGGCCGGAUGAGCUCGCAUACCAC